GAAGGGAAAGGUUGUUCCAAACUAAAAUGUGCGCUCAAUUGAAAGUUAUUGGUCUGCCAGAUCUCCAGGAGUUCCAAGGGCUCUACAAACAAAGCUGGCCCAAAUAUUGCCAGGAAUAUUACUGCCUGGAUAAUUUUAUAGAAUUUUUGAGGAAAGAACCCCAGAUGAAGCACUUGCACAUGUACACGUUGGAUACAAAACAAGCUAGAGAUGAUGGUCUUUUUGUCAUUGUGGAUCGCUAUCAACUGUUUCUGGGCAGUUUGAACAACACAAAUGGCCUUGUAAGAAGAGCUUUGGAUUUAUUGGACUGGUCGACGGGUUUGAAGUGUAGUUCUAUCCCCUACAGGCAUGUUGAUGCCCUGGAUAAUAUAGUGGAGUCCAAAAAGUUAGGAGUGGUAUUCAGGGAUGUCACGGAUAUGUUUUAUAUGAAAGCGGAGGAUGCUCUCAAACUAAGGGGCGAAGCUCCAGUUGGGUUUGUCCUAAAGUCCUUGAGUGUGGCAGACGCCCCUUUGAUUAAUGCAGAGUGGCCCAAUCGUCAUUCGGGAUCUCUUUUCUUUAUAGAGAGACAGAUUCGCAUGUGCGUCAGUGCUGGUUUGUAUCGGGAAGAUACUAACGAACUGGUAGCCUGGUGCAUCAGAUUACAAGGCGGCUACUUGGGAGCGCUACAAGUGAAAGAUUCGUACAAACGUCGCGGAUUUGGCAGUGUGGUGACUAGAGAAAUCUCGUACCGCCUUGCCGCCCAAGGCCACGAUGUAAUGGGCCUCGUUGCCCACUCAAAUAAACCGUCCUCCGGCAUGGCUAGCAAGCUCGGCUCCCAAAUCAUCGACCAAUGCCUUUGGCUGAGAACGGAACCCACCAAAGGAGAUGGUACCUGGCCCGAGGGCGAGUAAAGUUGGUGUUUAAAUAUCUGUAUUAA